UGAAUAGUAUGAGCGCUUACUACGUACUUUUUUCCAGAUGGAAAAAGACGUUUUAGCUACGAAGAGAAAUUAUGUUAAGAGUGAGGCAUCGCCUUGUAGAGACGAUCGUUUAUGACGCAUGUUUUUGCGCGAAACUCAGUUGGGGUAGAACGCGGAAGCAAGACAGGACGAAUUGGAGAUGAGUAAAAAAGAUAACGGUGUUGGCGUCAUCCUGGCCUACUUGAACGCCAAGAACCGUCCUUACAGCGCCCAGGAUGUCUUCUGUAACUUACAAAAGCAGCACGGAUUGGGCAAAACCGCAGUGGUCAAAGCCGUGGAGCUGCUGGCAGUGGAAGGCAAGAUAAAGGAGAAGACUUACGGCAAGCAGAAGAUUUACUUUGCUGAUCAGGCUCAGUUUAAAGACGUGAGCGAUGCAGACCUGAAGGCCAUGGACGGUCGCAUCUCCCAGCUCAACGAGGAACUGCAGACCCUCAGCCAGAGCUGCAGACAGCUGGAUGCAGAACUUAAGGAGCUCAACAGCAGUUUGACCACUCAACAAAUGAUCUCCGAGGUCGGGAGGCUGAAAGAGGAGUGCUCAACAAGCCGUGAGCGCCUAGAGAAGAUCAAAUCUGCGAGCAAUCACGUCACGCCCGAGGAAAAGGAGAAGGUUUUGAAAGAGCAAAAUGUUUAUGUUAAAGAAUGGCGCAAGAGGAAGCGACUGGCUUCGGACAUGAUGGACACAAUCCUGGAGGGAUACCCCAAAAGCAAGAAGGAAUUCCUGGAGGAGGUUGGUGUGGAGACAGACGAGGACUAUAAGGCAGUUGUGCCGACUGUCUGAUCCAAUUGUUGAUUAUAUAUUUAAGACUUUGAUUUAGUUUUGUACAAUUUGUUCUGAUUUCAGUUCAUCUUACUGCACUCGUGUGUGACGU